AUGUAUGUACCUACUCUGUGCCAGUGGAAGAUAGUAUCAGACUGUGAUACCUCGAGCAAAUGUUUACAUCUGUGCAGUAUCUUUCAAUGUAAUUAUAUCCUAACACAAAUAGAAUGCAUGAUGCCGUGUUCCUGGAAUUGUUAUCUGACCUAUGCAUACGCAAUAUGCUCAUGCAGGUUCCAGUCCGUGGCAUACCUUCAGCAAAUCUGGUGGUUUGAAGUGGUUGGGGAGCUCGAUUUCUGCUUCCCCGUGGGAACCUACAGUUUAUACUUCAGGGUUCAUCUUGGGAAGUUCAGCAAGCGGUUUGGACGCCGUGUGUGCAGCACCGAGAACGUCCACGGCUGGAACAAGAAGCCGGUGCGCUUCCAGCUCUCCACCUCGGACGGCCAGAAUGCAUUAUCUCAAUGCUACCUGGAUGAGCCCGGGAGCUGGGUUCUGUACCAUGCAGGCGAUUUUGUUUCCACGAAUCCUGGCCAGGCACUGAAGCUGAAGUUCUCGAUGGCGCAGAUCGACUGCACGCACACGAAAGGCGGCCUGUGCGUCGACUCGGUGCUUGUGUAUCCCAAGGGCUUUCAGCAAGAGAAGGUGGUGACCGGCAAGAUCUCGGAGAUGCGAUCGUCGUCGUAG